GGGUGCGUUCCGUCGAUUCGGCGGGGUAACCAUGUACCGCGUCGGCCGAGGAGCGCGCAACCCCGGUGGGAUUGCUCCGGGAUGCACGGGAAAAUUUCUUCCUAUGCUACUUGGGAACAUCCUGGGGCCAAGCGGGCGUCCAAGCAGCGACACAUGCAAAUUCCCGACUUCAGCGCACAACCACUCCAGCGACCCAAGCGCCUGGUCGUUGCACCGCAGCUUGGGCCGCUUACACCAUCCCAACCAUCUCAAGCGCAGGCGCAUAUGCUCCUCCUCGCUGGCCGCGGCGAUGCUUUAGUCGACGCGUACCUGGUCCUGAACCACCUUCCUCACAACAUCCUCAUCUGCUCGAAUCAUGAAUAUGGCAACACCGCGGUUAAUCGGCGUACGAUCAACGCAUCACGCAUCAACGCCGAUCCCGGCCCGCCCACGCUCGACUGGGAACAAGGGCACGGCGAAUACGCGUGA